UUUUGUUUUCAUAUUUGAUAUGAAGACCUUAUAGUCCUGGACUAGUUUCAGGGCACAGCUUACAGAUCACUUCAGUGUACUUAUGGGACCAGACUUUGAAUAUAUUGUCAUCAAUUCAAUAAGUCCUAACGGGACAGUGAAUGUCACUGUGUUCGCUGCUAACACUGACGGAGCCAACUCCACAUUUUCUAACGCGUUGGCUGCUCUCAUUAAAGAUAACCCCUUGACAGUACUAGGACAACCAGCAUCGGUGAUACAAGCCACACUUGCUGGUCAAAUAUAUAAUUUAGUACUAAACGAGACAAAGGACGAUCUUUCGUGUAUUAUCUAUCAGGACCUGACACAAGAAUGCUCAACCAACACAAAAUGUUUGACAUACGACGGGAACCCCUUGUGCGAACCUGUUCGGAAUAAUGAUGAUUUCGGCUUAUGGGUAGGCCUGGGUGUUGGUAUACCUCUAUUCCUGCUGCUCAGCCUCCUGCUCUGUUGUUGCUGCUGUCAUUUUUGUGUCCCUGUUGUUAAAGAUGAUGACACAAGUACCACUAUUUCCAGCAGACCAGAGCCUCUACCUAUCAUCCUACCAAGAUACCUGCCCGUUCGGUUUAACACCGUCGGAAGAGUAGGCCUAUACGGUAGUCAGUUUGGCGAUGACGUAUUGGAACAACCGACACAAUUAAAUGACUCCGAGUCAACAUCGUCGGAUUAUAACGUUACUGUUGGAUUCGAGAUGAAAAGAUACAAGGACGAUUUACCUUCAAGCUUUUCUUGGGAUUUUAUGUAUCCUGAUAUUGAAUAUAAGAAACCGCAACUCGGCGAUACAGUUUUUUGAUAUCACCCGACGUCAGUGCAAUUAACAUUUGACUUUAUUUUAAUAUGCUGUCAAAAUAUUGCU